GGGACAACACAGACUUGAAGCUAGUCCAUCUCUUCUGACAUUGGUCUGCUCGCGGGAUUCAUUCUAAUCUGAGGGGGUCGACUUCGAUCCAUCACUAUCGGUACAACAACAGGCAUCUUCAGCGUCCGAUUGUACUCGGCAGAAGUCGCAUAUCGUAUCAGGAUCACCUCGGCUGCAGCCCAGCCGUUACCUCACUCGAUCUCUCAGACAUAGAUCCUAUUCGAACCUGUCGGGCUCACCCUGGAAAAUAAGGCAAAGGCCGUUCAGUUGUUCAAGGUCACCUCGACAACGGUGUCACGAUGUCCAGCCCGUCAACGUCGAUAUCGGAGGAAGAGAUCAUGAAGAGCUCGGAGACGGCUCAAGCCUUGUACCACAAUCACCUAAUAAUGUCUGAAGUCUAUCGCUAUCUCGAUAGAUCGGACCUCUCACAGUGUCUCCUCGUCACAAAGACCGGCUACCACACGGCUGCCAAGGCAUUCUUUCAUACCUCAUCACAUGAAUCUUUCACCAAGAUGACGGCGAAGGGCUGCAGUUUCGAUCGACUCGCAGACUUGGCUCGUAUGGUUCGAGUGUUGACUUUACCAUGGUUAGCGAUAAUUCACCGCACCCCGGGCCAAUAUCAGAUCCAUCAUGGAGAAAUACUGUCCCAAUUUCCAUCGCUGGACGUAGUUCAGCUCUGUGGUCUUGGUUCGGGUCGACUCCACACGGUGGAAGAGAAACACGAAAUAGACGGUCGAGAACUGCUGGUGCAGUUUCCAGCUUACUACUUGACGUGCCUCUUCUCCAUUCCACCGAGCAAAUCGCUGUUUUUGGUUCCAGGAUCAACAAAAUGGAGCUCUAGAGCGCUCUCGUUCUCACCACAGUCCCGGGCUCACUGCCAAGAUGAAUUGGUAAAACAAGCGCUGGGCCAUCAGCUACCAAGACUUGAAUACUAUCCUAUGCCUCUGCCCCAAACUUCAAACAUUAUCUGUCCGGAUCGCAAAAUCGUCAGAUCCAGGAUCACCACAAUCGAAGACGCAAUUCUAUGACUGGAUCAACCGGGAGUCUGGAACUUUGCGAGAUAUUUCGCUUCAUAAUCCCAAUCUCGAUUGUCUGCCACGACUACAGGCGGUCAAGCGGGUCUUCUUCAGCUGCAAGGCGCUUUUGAAUGAACAGUGGAUGCGGGAGGAUAACUUCGUCGAUUGCCGUCCUCAAUCGGCGUCAUCAAUCGAGUCGCUGGUGCUUCGUCUCUCGGUUCCAAGGGACAAACCUCCUCCCAGCCCGCUCCUUGUGGCCAAACUGAUUCACCACUGCAUCACGA